AUGGUUUCCACAACAGUGCCAACAUUUCUUUUCUCUUUGAUCACCAUCGCUAGAAGAGCCACACUGUUUGAGGCAUUUCUGACGGUUCCGUCGCUGAUUUUUUGCACUUAUGGAUACUAUUCGUGGACGGUUGUGCCGGCUAAAUUGCAUGAAGAGAUUUACAAAUCGAAAUCGUUGCUCUGCAUGAACGAGAAGAUCUGGGAGAGCGAGGAUCGAGAGGUAAUGGCAAUUGCCAGGACCCUCGCUAUACAUUUGGAUCAGCCCGACUUGGGGAUCUCUCUCUGGGGCUUCACCAUGGUCUCAAAACCGUUGAUUUUGACGACCCUCUCCGUGUUGCUCACUUUCUGGGCUUUCCUAAUCGAAUUCAACAAGCGGCCAAGUGAUCGGGACAAGGAUUGCAGUACA